ACGCGCGAGGGCGCGUCGAGAGGGAGUCCUGCUGUCUGGCGAUGCGCAGGCUGAGGUUUUGCCAGUGAGCCGCCGAUUUCCGUCCUCAUUUUCCUGAUCUCUCAGACACUGAGGUCGGCCUCUUAGGAAGCGCCACGCCGCCCCCCCCGCUCGCCUACGACCGGGCUUUUGGGAGCCGUCCGUCGCCUGCCGCUGCCAUAGCCGGCGAGCCCCAGCCGCCCCUCGGCCGCAUUACUUUUGUUCCCGAUCGCUCUCGUGUGUAAAAUGGAGAAUCAAGACGUCGUACAAGACCCGCAGGUUAACUCGUCUGUGGAGGAGCAGAAGCAGGAGGAACCACAGCCAGAACCAGUCACAGCAAGCAAACAGGAGCCAGAGCAGCAGCCAGAACCUGUGUCUGCGGAGCCAAAGGAACCAGAGCCGGAGAAAACCUCUGAGCCAGUACCUGAGAAGCAACCGGAAGAGACUACAGAACCACCUCCAGAACCAGAGAAGGAGCAGAAGACUCAACCAGAAGGCCAGGUGGCCAAGACUGAAGAACCAGGGCCAGGAAAUACACCAAAAGGAGAGGUAGACAAGAUCCUGGAAAAGACGGUGGACCAUAAGCAGGAAGAAAAGGCGGAGACCAAGAUGGAGAAGCCAGAGCCAGAUGCCCAACCAGAGCCAAAAGAAGUGACAGGAAAGUCAGAAGCUGAAGUGGCGAACCAGGCAGGAAAGCCAGCGGAGGCCGAGUCAAAGGAACAGGAGAACCAGACGGGAAAGCAGGAGGAGGCCGAGUCAAAGGAACAGGAGAACCAGACGGGAAAGCAGGAGGAGGCAGAGUCAAAGGAACAGGAGAAUCAGGAUAAGCAAGCCUCAGAAGAUGCGCAAGCUACAGAGAUUGCCGAAGGUUCAUUCUCCUUCACCUUCCUUGAAGAUGAGGCCACCACGGCUUUUGUCCGCAGCUCCCGAACCCUCAUUAUUGUGAGGGGCUUACCUGGGAGUGGAAAAAGCAAACUGGCCAGUACUAUCAACACCACCUACCAGGGCCUUUGUACCAUCAUCUGUGCUGAUAACCAUGGCAUCAAGCCUGAGAAGUCGUCAACCUUGGCGGAAGGGUUUAAAGCCAUGGAUGCAGCGAUUGUGGAAUGCCUGACCUCUGCGAAAGAGGUGGUGGUGGUAGAUGAUACCAACCACACCCACAGUCGAGUGGCCCGUCUGGAGGAGCUGGCGGAGGAGCACCAAUACUUGGCCUUCUAUGUUGAACCCCGCACUCCUUGGAACCGUAAUGUGGAGCAGCUGUGCCGGAAAACCCACCGGAAACUGGACAAGAGUCAGAUGCAAACCAUGCUGAACACGAUGUCUGAGACAUCCGUGCCCUUCUUUUUUGGCUGGUUUCUAUCCUCGAGCUAUCAGGACAAGCUGAGGAGCAUGGCUAGCGAUUUCCUGAAGAUAUUGGGCAACCUGGAUGCAUUCAAGAAACACAUUGGAGACUUUUCUGGUGACCCCGAGAAAGGAGUGGACUUGGAGCAGUAUUUCAGUGAUAAGGGCGUGCUGCACUGCACCACCAAGUUCUGCGAUUAUGGAAAAGAGCAGGGGGCUAAAGAAUACAUGGAGAAACAGGAGGUGUGCGAGUCCUACGGCCGGGCGUCGGAGCUGGAGCUCACGGCCCUCUUCAUCACGCCCCGCACGGCUGGAGCCCAGGUCUCCCUCUCCGAGGCGCAGCUCCAGCUUUGGCCCGAAGAUUCCGAAAAAGAGGACCUGCCCCGCGGAAGCCGCGCCCACGUGACGUUGGGCUGCGCUGAGGGUGUGGAGCCGGUGCAGACGGGUCUGGACCUGCUGGAGAUAAUCGCUCAAAAGAAGCAGGGUGAGGAGGGUGAGAAGAUCCAGGACCUGGACCUGGGCGCCCUUACCUACUACGGCAAAGGGGCGUGGAUGCUGAGCCUCAAGGAGCCAAUCCGGGCCCAGUCCUGCUUCUCCAGCUACUACGGGCCGAAGAAGGGGGAUGGCGGGAAGGAGAGCGAGAAGAAGAAGAAGUUGAAGUGCACUGUGAUGUGAAGCAGGUGGCAGGACCAGCUUCAGAGCGCCUCGAUAGCUCUUCCGCUAGUCUCUGUGCUGUGGGCAAAGCGUUAAUCAGUUCUCUUCAGGUUCCUGCUGGAACACUUGGGAUGAGUCCACCCUUAAGCCUUCUGAGAACCCACUCGCACCCAACCUUUUUUUUUUUUUCCCCCCCCCCCCCCCCCCUUCCUCCACCUAUCUGCUUUUCCUACAGUUCCUGGCUCAAGCGAGUCUUUAAUGCUACGGCAGUGAAUGUUCUGGCGUCGCUUUACAGUCCGUUCGGUACGGGACUGGCCAUUGAGGCCCCCCCCCCCCCCCCGAUCCAUAUCCGGGUGUGCGCCUCCCUUCCGCGGUGGCCAUAUAGGGCUGCUCUUAACAACAGGUCAGCAAAAGUCUUGAGGACCAUCACGUCCGCGUUCCGCCUGUCCUUUGGUGCCUUCUAUUUUGACAGCUACCGCGACCAUGGGUGUAAAUGAGAGCCUUCGCCUCUACUGCUUACGACUUCCUCUAGAACCCCCUGUCCCGUUCUUUCACAAAGUGUUAAGUGUUUAAGGCAUAUUUUUAGCCUUUUAUUGGGUGUCUGCUGUAUUUUCUACUAACUAAAAUGGUUAAUGCGCAAAAUGAACUGACCAAAAAAGGUGUUCCUGCUCUUACAAUGUGCAUGCUGGGUGAAGUCAGUGAAUCUUGUACUGGUGGUUCUUUUAGUGGUACGUGUAACCCCCCCCCCCCCCCCAACCAUAUCACACUUCUUUUUAAACUACUUGUGAAUUAGAAAGGAAACUGUUUCUCUAUGAUGGCUGUUAGUGUAUACGCGAGGGUUAAGCAAUUGAACCUCUUGCCUUCAUAGAGAAUAGACCAAAGGUUUGUGGGUGUGAUUUGUGACGUGUUAAAACUGUGAAAACUCUUGCAGGAUUUUUUUCCGGCAAAUUACUUGUCGAACACAGCAGCGCACGAACGCUGAGAACAGUUAUCAGUGUAUGGUGGUAAAUGUAUGUUGCUUUAGGAACUUUUAGUCUGCACUUUUCAGUUAGGGUGAUUACAGACCUGCUUUCCAGUUGCAUAUAGACAGAAUUGUUAAUCUAACUCCAUUUUAAGCUUUUGAUCUCCAUUUUGCACAUUUAAUGACAUUUAACACCGUAUAUUGACUGUUUACUUAGACUAGCAUGUAGGUUUGUACUGCUGGAAACCAUACUAGCGUAGUUCCUAGAGCAAGCGAGGGGUCUAUUUUUGCACCUUUGAAAUUUUUUUACACUUAAUAAAGUUUGCUUGGGUUAAAAUAAGAA